GGGGCGCAAGAUGGCGCUGCCCUUUGCGCGUUCGCCUUGCCUCUGCCGCUGGGGAGCCAAACGACUGGGGGCUGCUGCCGCAGAAGCCCGCAGAGGCGUCAGUUUCAAACUGGAAGAGAAAACCGCCCACAGCAGCCUGGCACUCUUCAAAGAUGACACAGGUGUCAAAUAUGGCAUGGUGGGAUUGGAGCCCACCCAACUGGCCCUGAACGUGGAGCGUUUCCGGGAGUGGGCCGUGGUGCUGGCCGACACGGCGGUCACCAGCGGCAGGCACUACUGGGAGGUGACAGUGAAGCGCUCGCAGCAGUUCCGGGUAGGAGUGGCAGAUGUGGACAUUUCUCGGGAUAGCUGCAUCGGUGUCGAUGCCCGUUCUUGGGUGUUCACCUAUGCCCAGCGCAAGUGGCACACCAUGUUGGCCAACGAGAAAGCCCCUAUCGAGGGCAUCGGGCAUCCAGAGAAGGUGGGGCUGCUGCUGGAGUAUGAGGCCCAGAAGCUGAGCUUGGUGGAUGUGAGCCGGGUUGCUGUGGUCCACACGCUACGGACAGAUUUCCAGGGUCCAGUGGUACCUGCCUUUGCCCUUUGGGAUGGAGAAUUGCUGACCCAUUCAGGGCUUGAGGUGCCUAAGGGCCUCUAGUGUGUCCAUCACUGGAGUUCCUAAUCACACUCUUGGCCAGUGUCCUUCUAGAGUGUCUGGAACCUUUUAACAUUGCCUCAAGCAACCUCUGGCUCCCACAGUUCAGGUCCUCUGUGCAGUAUCUUAGUCAUUUCCCUCUCCCCUACCUGUGAAAGCUAGGCUGCUGCCAGUUUUCCUAGGCUACCGUGAAUGUAUUUUCCUUGACUUGCUUCCUUGGGUCCCUCCGUCUUCCUGUGCCCAGGCCUUUCUCAGACUGUAUUCUGUCCUGGGGUCUUAUCUUUCAGCUUUGUUUGGAUUUAUUCAUUACUAUGAUACCUUUCUCUCCCUCUACCCAUGUGUAACUUGUGUUUGUUCUUGGUGUUCUACUGAGUCUCUCCACAGUAAAUCCUUUCUACCUCUGGCUGGAGGAGUGGUUCGGUGACUUGGCCCUUUCUCUAAAGCUCAUACAGAGUCUGGGCUCUGGAUCCAUCGGGAAAUGCUUUACUGUCUGUCAGAGUGAGAAGAGAGCCCCCCUUCCUCAGUACCUCAAAGCUGGACUCUCAGCCCCACACAACUGCAGCUAUCCUCACCAUAAGUCCAUCUGCCUUAACCUGCAUACCUCUGACACCUGGACAAUCCCUUGUAAUCAUGGGCCAGUUACAACCACUACCAAAGGGAAAGAGACUCUCGGGGGAUAUCAAGGGCAUUCGUGCUGGAAACUUUAUUCUUGAGAAGUUCAAUCUUCAUUUCUGCUACAGUUGGAACUUCCAGAGGGAGGAGAGAGACCUGAGAUCUUGAACAAGACAUUUUUUGGGCCUGCUCAGAUCCAAACCCUCGCCUUCCCACCGCAACCUUGGCAACAGAAUACACUUAACCUAAAGCAGUAUUAGGGGUUGAGGAAAACCUGGUGGGAUGAGCAUGUAUGUGAAAUAUAUAUUCCUCUGUUUGACCCUGUGGCUCCAUCUUAUUCUGUCUUUUUGAUGGUGAUGCAACUGAAUACCUCCUGGGGAGAAAGAGGACUGGGUUUAGCAAAAAUAAUCAUUUGUGUAAUUAAAGUUUAUUU